AUGCAACAGCGGACAUUAAAACGUUCGACUCCGAGACACAUAGAUAAUGAAGAGUUCAGUCCACCCUCUUCGUAUCACCCAACCGUAACCGGCCAGUCCCGAUUCUCAUGCGACGAAUCUCCGAGUUCAUUGGACGAUUCUCAAAAGCUCGAACACAGUCCAUUUGUACCCACGGGUCCGCGGCAUUCGGUUAAACCUCCAUAUUCAUACAUUGCCCUAAUCACAAUGGCUAUUCUACAUUCACCUCAGAGAAAACUCACCUUGUCUGGAAUAUGUAAUUUCAUAAUGGAUAAAUUUCCCUACUAUCGGGAACGAUUUCCUGCCUGGCAAAACUCAAUUCGACAUAAUUUAAGCCUGAACGAUUGUUUUAUUAAAAUACCACGUGAACCGGGUAAUCCGGGUAAAGGAAACUAUUGGAUAUUGGAUCCGAACUCCGAGGAUAUGUUUGAUAAUGGGAGUUUUUUACGUCGUCGAAAGCGUUAUAAACGUAUUUCGUCCGGUCCGCUCUCAUCACCCCGCCCUCCUUUCAAAAGAUGA